AUGGCAUUCUAUGAAGAGAUGGUUUAUGUUUUCAUCUAUAGAGUUGCAGAGGGGGCAGUAAUCAGGUGCAGGAAAGUUUCUCUUUCGAAGAUUGUCCGCUGUGAGCAAUCUGUUGUGAUAUGCAAGCCAGAUGAAGAUCUUAAUUUUUGCAGGCAUGACGUGGUUGCGUUGCAUUUGGGGGACCAGCAUGAUCUGUUCACUCGUGUCAAGACGAUGGUGGAGGAUGUGAAAGUUAGACUUCCUCGUAUCCGAGCCAUGAUCCAAGCAGCUGAGGGGAGGCCGAUCAGGGACCCAGCUCUGGCCACAUGGCUGAGGGAACUCAAAGAUGCUGCCUACGAGGCCAACGAUGAUGUGCUGGAUGAGCUUGAAUUCAAGGAGCUUCAUGACAAGCUGCACAACCAGAGCAAGGUGAGUGACUUUGCAUCCUCUGCUGUUAAGCUUCUCAAGCAUUUUAUGAUGUUCGACGAUGACCUCAAAAGCUUGAAGAAUCUUAUGGAAAAUCUUGACAAGAUUUGUACUCAUAUUAAUUGCAAAGAAGAACAACUAAAGGACUACAACUUAAGGCAGAAGAGCGUGACCAGAGAGACCAGCUCGAUUGUCCAGGAUAUUGUGUUUGGAAGAGACCAAGAGAGAGACAUGAUGUUAGAUGUGUUGUUCACGUGUGGGACUGGGACUGGUAGCUACCCGAGUCCUGGUGUUCUUCCUAUGGUAGGCAUCGGGGGUGUUGGCAAGACUACUCUGGCUCAACUUAUUUAUAAUGAUGAAAGAGUAGUAAGGCAUUUUGAGCGGAGGAGGUGGGUCUAUGUGUCUGACAAUUUUGUUGUAAAGCGGAUCGCUAAAGAGCUGGUAUAUUCCUCGACAGAUGAUCGGAUCUCCCACGAUAUUAGUUUGGAUGGCAUUCUAGUGAAACUUGGAGAUGCUACAAGCAACAACAGGUUUUUGUUCGUUGUUGAUGAUGUGUGGGAUGAGACAGGUAGCAAGUGGAAAGAACUCCGUGGUGUCUUAACAUCUGGAGCGAAAGGAAGUAUGGUCCUGGUGACAACUCAAAGUCCAGUUGUAGCAGAAGUCAUGGGCACGAUGGACCCGGUAGUAUUGAAGAGCCUACAGGAAGAUGACCACUGGAGAGUUUUCGAACGUAGUGCAUUCGGUGAAAACAUUCUCGAGGAAGAGCGAAGGGGAAAAUUGCAAAAAAUAGGAAGGAAAAUAUCUGAAAAACUACAUGGUUUACCUCUAGCUGGAAAGGUACUGGGAAGUUUAUUGAAGUCCAAACUAGAUGAGGAAUACUGGAAGCUGAUCUUAUAA